UUCUUAAUUUCCCUCUUUUCUAUCCUCUUUGGUGUAUAUAGUGUGAUAUUCUCCACCAUAUAUCAAACUUUUACAAAAGAGAAAAAAUAAUAUUUGAAGCACUUGCUAGUACAAUAAUGGCUUUCUCAUCUAUUCCUUUCUAUCUAGAUCCUCCCAAUUGGCAAGAGCAAGCAAAUCAUCAUCAACAACAACAACUCGGAGUUACUAAUUAUGAGAACUCCUCUCAGCUCUCGCCAGCUGUGUUGCCACCUCCAGUAACAACAACAGGAGGAAGAGGUGGUGGUCCAGCUGGCUUAAUUAGGUUUGGCUCGAGUACAGAACGAGCCAGGCUAGCAAAAAUAACACAGCCAGGGACGGCCUUAAAAUGUCCACGUUGUGAGUCGAUAAACACUAAGUUUUGUUACUUCAACAACUACAACCUUUCUCAACCGCGCCAUUUUUGCAAGACUUGUCGGAGGUAUUGGACUAGAGGUGGCGCGCUGAGGAAUGUCCCCGUUGGAGGUGGUUGUCGGAGGAAGAACAAGAGAAUUGGUAAAAGAACUAGAUCAUCAAAAUCCCCAAUUAGAAGUGAAAGAUCCAGAAAUGGUCCAAUUAUUACUUCUAAUUAUAAUACUACUACUAUUUCUUUCCCUAGCCAUUUGCCUACUCCAAGUACACAUUUGUCAUUCUUGAAUACCCCUUAUCAUAAUUUCAAUGACUUCAAUUCUACACAAAAUGGUUUGAAUUUUGGAGAAAUUCAACCUCAUGAGGGUGAUGCAACAUUUGUUGACCAAUUUAGACUUCAACAAAUGCAACAAUUUUCCUUCUCCUCCCCCUUGGAACAACCUAGUAAUUUUUAUCCAAAUUAUAGUGAAUUUGGGAUUAGUCAUGAUCUGGAAAAUGUGAAGGUGGAAGUGGAUAAAAGUAGUACCAAUAGCCAAGGGAUGAAUUUACAAAGAAAUAACAACUUGGGGGUAAACCAAUUUUGGACAGAUUAUAAUAUUUCUAGUACUUCCACUAGCCAACUAUUGUGAUUUUCUUGAUCCAUCUUCAAGAGAAAACCAUAUGAUCAAGCUGCUUGAGUUCUUAUUUUCUUUGGAUAAUGGUGACGUCCUGGCCAACUUCUGCAUACAUUAUUUCACAUGCGUACCUACUGUCUCUCAACAGCACAUGCAGUAUUUCAGAUUAUUCUGCCUACCAAAACUAUACAACAAACUUGAGCUUUUUGUUUACUAACUACUCUACAGGUUUCUGUUUACCGGAUAACUCUGCUCAUCCAGGCUAGGAAGCAAGUAUGGAAUUCCUUUCGAUUUGCUUUUAUAAAAAAGUCUCAAAGCUUCAAUGGUAGGUUUUCUAGUUCUCAUUUUUUGGUUCUUUAGUAUUGUGUUAUGAAUGUGUUUAAAAAAUGUAAUUUUUAUUUUUAUUUUUUAAAUCCAUUGAAGAUCUUCAAACAUCAUCUAACAAUCAUGAAGAUGAUGAUUUUGAUUCUAAGAGAUGUAAUCCAAUGUCCUGUACUAAGUAUGACUUGAUUAUAUAGUGAGUGAUCUUCUUCUUCAA